CCUGGGACAGACCCUCCGUCCUGCCAGACAGAGCCUCUGUGCCCUGGGACAGACUUUUGGUUCCUUGACCAUCCCUUAGGAUGCCCCUCCUGUCACUUUCCGCUCCCCUUCCCCAGCCCAUCCCUUCGUUCAUGCAUGGUGUGGAAGUUGUUCUGCUCCCACUCUCUGUGUGUCUGUAUCCACUUCUAAAGGUGUGAACUGGGUAUGUGACCCCCAGGCAAGUGCCAGGGCCUCGUGGCUUCACUCCCCAAGCCUGAGGGUGUUUGUAGGGUUUUUUCUGGGCAGCUGCUGCAAGCCCCUCUCCUUAUCCUCUGGCACUGGGUCCAGGGGGGAUCUGGUGAGUUGGAGGCUGAGGAAUCAGAGUCACUUCUUCAGGAGCUGUUUGCAGCCUGAUGCUGCUGCAGCUGGUGAUGAUGUCCCUCAUGCCAUGCAUUUUGGGGGCACUGGGAGGGUUUCUGCUCACGGGUGUGCUGCCUCUCUCUGCUCAGUGCCCAGCAAGAGGCUUUGUUCUCUGAGCAAGAGGCGAGCGGAGCGUUUCGCUCAGCAGUGUGAGGGUGCUGGGAGGAUGGCAGGCAGGGAGGUGUUUUCCUGUCAGCUCUGCCAGCCUGAAGACCUGAUGCAAUAAGUCUCUGUGUGAGUAACCCUAAUUUAGGCAAAGAGGCUGGACUAAAGCCAGCAGGGCUGGAGGACUUGGUGGGCAAACACACCCUUUGGAGCUGGUCACCACAAGGAGGGUGGAACAGGAAACAGAGGUGAGUAGAGAGCUGAGCCUCGGUGGCAGAAACAUCUCUGAAGGGCUGGGUCCUUGCUGCUGACUCCCCAGAGUGUGAGCUGCUUUGUGGAAAGGAAUUGGGAGGAUCCUCAUGAACCUCGAGGACCAGGUUUGAACCUGCUGGCAAUACACCUGAACCUCGCUGGAAAAGCUGGAGCUGUGAGCACAGCCCAGGUGUGCUCAGUUCUGAUCCUGCUCCCCUGUCACCUGCAUCAGCCUCCUCGAGCCAGCCCAGAUUUCCCUAAAUUGAGCCCCAGAGGAAACUCGUAGUCAAGCGAAAAUGUGCAACCCUUCUCAGCGCAUCUGAGCCAAAUACGUGCGAGCCCGUGCGGACGGCAAUGGGCUCUGUCCGUGUGUGUCCCGAGCAGGGGGAGCUCUGCCCGGCUCCUUGUUUGCCCUUUCUCCUGCCUGAGCAGCAAGCCUGGAAGGCACCCGUGGAUCUGUGAGCUGGGCAUGGAUGUGCGGGGUUGGCACCAGCGUGGGCUCUGCCCCCUGCACACGCACCCCUGUGCGGCUGCCUGGUAGCGCAGCCCCUGUUUCCUCUCCGGUUUUGAGGAAGGACUCUUUCCCGUGGUGUUUUUGCUCCUCCCGGCCGUGUCACCAGCGGUGCUCUCUGUCUGUCACCGCGGGGUGUGGAGGAGCGAGUUUUGCUUUCGUUUGCCAGCCUGGAGCCCUCGGCUCUGCGACGACGCUGAGGAUUGCGGAAACACCUCAAUCCUCGUGAUUUCCCGUCGAGUGCCAGCAGCUGCUGUCCCCCAGGCCCAUGGCGUACACGGCGCCUCCCUCGCCGCCAGGGCCCGUGGGCUCUCAGUACUGUGUCUGCAAGGUCGAGCUCUCCAUCUGCGGCCAGAACCUCCUGGACAGGGAUGUCACCUCCAAAUCCGACCCUUUCUGCGUCCUCUUCAUGGAAGUCAACGGGAAGUGGGUGGAGCUGGACAGGACAGAGACAGCUGUGAACAACCUCAACCCAGCUUUUGCCAAGAAGUUCAUCAUUGACUACCACUUUGAAGAGGUGCAGAAGCUCAAGUUUGCCCUGUUUGACCAGGACAAGUCAAGCACGCAGCUGUAUGAGCACGAUUUCCUGGGCGAGUUCUCCUGCACCCUGGGCACGAUUGUCUCCAGCAAGAAAAUAACACGGACUCUCCUCCUGGGGAAUGGCAAGCCAGCUGGGAAGGGCAUGAUCACGAUAGCUGCCCAGGAGCUCUCAGAUAACAGGGUGAUUACUCUGAGCAUGGCUGGCAGAAAACUGGAUAAAAAGGACCUUUUUGGGAAGUCAGACCCCUUCUUGGAGUUUUAUAAACCAGGUGAUGAUGGGAAGUGGAUGCUGGUUCACAGAACAGAGGUGAUCAAAUACACCCUGGACCCUGUCUGGAAGCCAUUCACUGUGCCUUUGGUGUCACUGUGUGAUGGAGAGAUGGAGAAGAUGAUAAAGGUGGUGUGCUAUGACUACGACAGCGAUGGGGGACACGACUUCAUCGGGGAGUUCCAGACCUCGGUAGCCAGGCUGUGUGAAGCCCAAGACACCUCUCCUCUUGAGCUGGAGUGCAUUAACCCCAAAAAGCAAAAGAAGAAAAAGAAUUACAAGAACUCUGGGAUCAUCAUUGUCAAGUCCUGCAAGAUAACCAGAGAUUUCUCCUUCCUGGACUACAUCCUGGGAGGCUGCCAACUGAUGUUCACUGUUGGGAUUGACUUCACAGCUUCCAAUGGGAACCCCCAGGAGCCCUCCUCUUUGCACUACAUCAACCCCCUGGGGACAAACGAGUACUUGUCAGCCAUCUGGGCUGUGGGCCAGAUCAUCCAGGACUAUGACUCGGACAAGAUGUUUCCUGCUCUGGGGUUCGGCGCCCAGCUCCCGCCAGACUGGAAGGUAUCCCAUGAGUUUGCCAUUAACUUCAAUCCCAGGAAUCCAUUCUGUUCAGGUGUGGAGGGCAUUGUCCAAGCAUACUCUGCCUGCCUGCCCCACAUCCGCUUCUACGGCCCCACCAACUUCUCGCCCAUCAUCAACCACGUGGCUCGUUUUGCAGCUCAAGCCACCCAACAGGAAACUGCAUCUCAAUACUUCAUCCUCCUCAUCAUCACGGACGGGGUGAUCAGCGACAUGGACGAGACGAGGCACGCCGUGGUGCAGGCGUCCAAGCUGCCCAUGUCCAUCAUCAUCGUGGGCGUGGGCAAUGCUGACUUUGCAGCCAUGGAGUUCCUGGACGGGGACAGCCGCGUGCUGCGCUCCCACACCGGCGAGGAGGCCGUGCGCGACAUCGUGCAGUUCGUGCCCUUCCGCAACUUCCGCAACGUCCCCAAGGAGACCCUGGCCAAAGCUGUGCUGGCAGAGCUGCCCCAGCAAGUGGUGCAGUACUUCAAGCACCAAAACCUGCCCCCCAUCAACUCGGAGCCCGCGUAGAGCCGUGCCAGGCUGCACCCUCUGCAUGCUGCCGAAGCCUGUUGGUCCUGCCAAAAGCACGUCCCACAUGCUUUUAAGAGAAGAAUACCCUCCCUGAAACACUUUGUACUUCUUAAUUUAAUUGCUAAGUUCUUAAGACGCAUCCCAGCAAAGUGUCUGGAUUCAUUUUGUACAGUCCUGGCCCAAGGUAACACUAAGCAGCCAGGCCAUGCCUUGGUCCUGCUCCGUUGAGUCACUUUUCAGUAUUGAAUGUACUUUGUAUAAUUUCAGUGGUAAAGAAUACAAUUUUUAUGAUCAAAACUUGCUUUUUCCAAGUAAUGAAAUGCUUAAUAUAUUAUCAUUCAAUGAACUGGUCGUUGUAUAGUUCAUGUAUUUGUGUUGUACCUGUACACCUGUCAGGUUCUGUGUUCAUUUUUAUACUGUGUACAUGUUAUAUUUGUUAUACUCAGGUUAAUAAAGAAACUUGGACAUUUAAAACAA